GUAUCAGUGUGAUGUUUGGCCUAUAAAUAGGCAGAGAUUAGAGAGCCUCUCCGCACACAAUCAACUUCAAAUUCUUAAACUUCAAACUUUCUCACCACUUGAUUCACCAUGACACUUUCAGCUUUUCCUCUCAUUCCUCUCCUCUUCCUUUUGUUGUUGGCUGGUACAGGAGCCUCAAGAAAAGAUCCAGGUGAAUACUGGAGAAUGGUGAUGAAAGACGAGGCCAUGCCUCAAGAAAUAAAAGGCCUUCUUCUUCAUCAUAAUCCUCUGAUUCAUUCUGAAACAAAACCUCACUCCCGCAAUCAUCUUUUUCAAAAUCUGAAUCACAAAUGCGAUGAAGAUGAUCAUCAUCAUGAUCAACCUCUUGUUACAACACAAAAGAUGUUCGUACAAGAAGAGAUUGAAGCCAUCCCCAGUGUUACUGCUCAUAACAAUGAUUAUUUACCUACGCCUGGUACUUCACCUUACAACAACGGCCAUCUUGGCACUACAGGGAAAAAUUUCAUCAAAGAUUUCGAACCUCGGCCUAAUAUCUCGGCUUAUAACGAUGACAAGAUUGGAUCCGAGGAAAAGAACAAGUUUGCAAAAGAUUUUGAGCCAAGACCAAAUAUCUCAGCUUACAGCAAUGACAAGCUUGAAAAUGAAGAUAAGAAGAAAUUUGUGGAAGAUUUUGAGCCAAGGCCAAAUGUCUCAGCUUACAAUGACGACGAUGUUGUCGGAGUCGUGGAUGAAAAGAAGUUUGCAGAAGAUUUUGAACCAAGACCCAACGUCUCAGCUUACGGCAAUGAAGAGGUUGAAAAUGAGGAAAAUAAGAAGUUUGUGAAAGAUUUUGAACCAAGACGAAGUGUGUCAGCUAACGAUGAGAUCAAAGCAGAGACAAAGAAGGUUGUGAAAGAUUUUGAACCCAGACCAAACGUGUCAGCUUAUGGGGAUGAUGAUAUCAAGAAUGACUUUGAACCCAGGCCUAACGUGUCUGCUUAUUCUGAAUGAAUAUAAUGAACAAGAAUAUAUAGCCACUGGCUAGAUAUAUGGAGAUGCAUGAUCAAUAAGGUUAUACACGUAUGGUGCAUCCUUACAUGUAUAAUUAUUUCUAUGUAUGUACAUGCACGGUGUGGUUUGGUGUGCUUCAAUUUUCACAAUUGUUAAGAACAUAUUGCGUAAACUUGUGGGUUAUAUUAUAAAUAAAUCUGUCAGACGUUUCUGAUCUCCUUUAAA